AUGUGACAUCGCUAGUUUAGCUGCCCGGCUGUGUAGCACCCAGUGCUAUAACAACAACUUCAGUAAUGCCUUACUCUGCUAAAAUCGGCCCGUCAAUCCUAAGCAGUGAUCUGUCAUGUCUGGGCAGCGAGUGUGUGCGGAUGAUGGAGUGUGGAGCAGAUUAUUUGCACCUCGACGUCAUGGACGGCCAUUUUGUACCAAAUAUAACGUUUGGUCAUCCCAUGGUGGAAUGCCUGAGAAAGUCAUUAGGCCCAGACCCUUUCUUUGACAUGCACAUGAUGGUUUCCAGGCCCGAGCAGUGGGUGAAGCCCAUGGCUUCAGCCGGAGCCAACCAGUACACGUUCCACCUGGAGGCCACCAGCAACCCCGGAAACCUCAUCAAGGAGAUCAAACAGAGUGGUAUGAAGGUGGGCUUGGCCAUAAAGCCUGGUACUACAGUGGAAAUGUUAGCACCUUGGGCCAACCAGAUUGACAUGGCUCUGGUCAUGACUGUUGAGCCUGGCUUUGGAGGACAAAAGUUCAUGGAGGACAUGAUGUCCAAGGUAACAUUGUUGAGGGAUCAGUUCCCCUCACUGGACAUUGAAGUAGACGGCGGCGUGGGCCCGGACACCAUUUACAAAUGUGCAGAGGCAGGUGCCAACAUGAUCGUGUCAGGCAGCGCCGUGAUCGGCAGCGAUGACCCUCGCUCCGUCAUCGCCCUUUUGCGCACCGUGGUGGCUGAAGCCAUACAGAAGCGCACGUUAGACCGCUGAGGUGUUUGUUUGUUUGUUUGUUUGUGCGUACGUGCGUGUGUGGGUAAGUCACUAUGGCGACGCCACACCUGUCCAUUCACCGCAGCACUUAGUCACUCUUUGGGUAGGAUGUUUUUUGUGCUGGAUGUAGAAGGUGAGGCUUCUUUGGAUGGGAGGCCAAUUAAUGACACUGAACUGUAAACAUUCCUGAAAAUAGUUUUUACCCACCUGGAAAUGAUAUAUCAAACUUAAUAUUUUUCUAUCAACUGUAUAUACAUGUGCUUUUGACAUAAGUCCGUGGAAAUUGGUUUUGUUAAUUAAACAGCCUUCGAUCAUCUGUUAUUGUUUUGUUUGGUGUCCUUGCAAUUGGAACUUGACAGUUACUACUCUGUAAUGAUCUUUGUGUGAAUGUACACUAUGUAGGCCCUGUGUAUGGAUGUGUGUGUAUGUACGCAACGAUAUUACAGUAUGUGCAGUCGCCCCUCGCCAUAUCGUGCUUCGGAUUUUGCGGCUUCUCUCUAUGAUGGUUUUGCAAAAUAUAUUAAUAAAUCAUCU